GAAAGGUGUACGGCGCAUCUCAGCGAGUGUUAUGGCAAGAUGGCCUCCCUCCCAUCUCCCACCCAGGUGGCGGGAGACCAGGCAGGUAUCUUCGAAGCAUGGUACAGAAAAGUUGACCCAACAGGUGUUGGUACAAUCCAGGCUGUACCAGCUGCUGGUUUCUUAAAGAAGUCAGGAUUAAAUGAUAAUAUUCUGAGUAAAAUAUGGGACCUCAGUGAUCCUGGUGGCAAAGGCUAUUUGGAUAAGGCUGGGUUGUUUGUAGCCUUGAAAAUGGUGGCCUUAGUACAAAACGGCAAGGAGCCGAACAUUGCUAAUGUUAAUAUACCUACGCCCCCUCCGAAUAUGGGUGAGGCUCCACCACACCCCCCUCCACCCCCACACCCAGGCCCACCACACCCAGCCCCACCCACAAAACCCCCAGUUCCUGCCCAUCCUUCGGGUGUUUCUGCAGGGGUGUGGACCAUCACGCCGACAGACCGUCAGAGAUACGACCAAAUAUUUAACUCAUUGGGACCAGAGGCAAAUAAACUUCAUGGCAAUAAGGUGAAAGGGGUAAUGCUCAAUUCAAAGCUUCCCAUGGAAAUUCUGGGGAAGAUCUGGGACUUAGCUGAUAUGGACAAAGAUGGCUCGUUAGAUCGAGUAGAGUUCUCCAUCGCAAUGCAUCUAGUAUACAAGGUACUUGAAAACAACCCCAUGCCUCCAUCUAUUCCGCAAGAGAUGCUCUCCAGUGCCCAGCGGGCUGGUGUAGCGCAAGGACCUGUCCCAGCACCCCUCGCUCCGCCAGCACAGAUGCCAGCCGUCAAUGCUACCAAGCAGCAGACUGGAAAGGACAUCUUUGGUACUGAGGUUGAAGACACGGACUUAACGGCCACUGAAAAACCCUCAGGUCCUCCACCGGCGCCGUGGGUGAUCAGCGCAGCGGAAAAGGCCAGAUAUGAUGUCAUGUUCCACAAUGCAGACAUAGAUAAAGAUGGCUAUGUCAGUGGUCAGGAAAUUAAGGGGGUCUUCCUACAGUCUGGCCUUCCUCAGAUGGUUCUAGCACACAUAUGGAAUCUCUGUGAUAUAAAGCAGACAGGCAAGUUGACGUCGGAGCAGUUUGCACUAGCGAUGUGGUUGAUCCAGCAGAAGCUGGCUGGGCACUGAUACCCCCAUGCGGCCCUCACUCCGGAAAUGAUUCCGCCGACAAUGCGACCAAAGCCAUCCGCGGAGUCUGCGAUGGACCUUUUAGGGGAUCUUAUGGCACAAGUGGUAGAGGUGGUUCCAGCUAAACCUCAGUACAGUAACCCUGAGCUGCAGUUAGUAGCCGAGGAAAUAGAAACUCUCAAUUCAGACAAGCUGAAGCUGGAAGCUGAAAUCCAGCAGAAAGAAGCCAGCAUUCGGCUGAAGAACAACGAACUGCAAAACUUGCAGACUGAACUUGAUACUUUAACGUCCACCCUGAGACAACUGGAACACCAGAAAGGAGCAGCCCAACAACGUUUAGACGACCUCGGUAAUCAGAAAAAAAAACUUGAAGAAGAACGCAGUGACCUCGAUUCGAUGAUUGAGGCGGAACAGGAGGAGGUGGCCAAGUUGCGUGGUCAAGUGGAGGAACAAGAAACAAGCUUAAAAGCUCAGGAAGAUGAAGUCAUGUCCAAGAGGAAAGAACUCACUGACUUGAAAAAUCAGGAGAGUGAACUAGAAGAAUCUGUCUCAUCCAUGAAAAAGAGGAUUGAUCAGCUGGGCAUAACUCAACAGGAAACGCAGCUCCACAUAUCACAGGUGAAGAUAAAAAUAACUGAAUUGCAAGAUCAGGAAAGGCAUAUGACUGAAGUAUUAAUAUCGUAUGACUCGGCCAUUUCGUCUGGAGAUGCAUCCUCAUUGUCCGAGUCCUCUCUCAGAGAAGUAACACCUACCUUCUCAGAUCCUUCUUACCUCCAGAUUGGUUCGCCAACCACCAGUCCCAAGGAAACAGUUCCAGAACCUUCUCUUCCACAGGAGAACGGAUUACCAGCGCAAGAAGUCACGAAUACUCCCAAAGCCAAAGAUACUUCGUUCGUUGGGGGUCACGAUCCGUUUGCUGCGGCAUUUGGCAAUCAGCAGAAUAAUGUUGACGUCUUUGGUUCUUGGGAUCAAAACGCACCCAAUCCAACGAGUAAUCCACCUCCUUCAGGAGAUCCAUUUGGAGGUGAUGCCUUUGCUGCACAGACAAAGGGUGCCAAUGAUCCGUUUGGCAGCGAACCAUUCAGUGCAGGUGGUGGUGGUGGUGGGGGCCCUCCACCCAGACCUGAAAGUCCUACCCCAGCCCUUCCCCCUAAGAAGUCCAAACAGCCACCUCCGAGACCCGCUCCACCGAAAACCAGGCCUGCAAAACCACCCCCUCCCCAAGUUAACUCGAAUAACAACCCCACCAAACUGAACACAAACUCUAAUGCAAACACAAACCCAAACUCGGCCGACCCGUUUGCCGGAGGCUGGGGUGACAACAAAACUGCCAACUCCAACAACGGCGGCUUUGCAGACUUUGCGAACUUUGCCGAUUUUGAUACCAAGUGUCUAAAGGUAGCCCCCGGCAACUCUGCAUCGCCAUGGGGAGAUGAGGACACCAACUUUACAACAUCGCAACCCAACGAGGAUCCUUUUGGCUCUCCUUUCUCAACGGCGAAGAAUACGAGAAGUGCCGAUAACUCUCCCUGGCCCCAAGACACCUUUGCCUCCGAUGGGUUCGGGGAUUCCUCCGCUUUUACCGAGGACGAUCCCUUUAGUUGUGCCUCAGGGGCUACUGAUCCGUUUGGUGGGGAUUACGAUCCCUUUAAGGAUCAGGGCUUCAAGGAUGACGACAAGUUCUCUUGGGACGACGAGCCAGACCCUUUCACCUCACCCGAUAACAAUAAUGAUUCCAGUGCCAGUGCUGCAGACAAUGUGAAUAACAAUGAGAAUUCCUCUGCCAAAAAGAAUGACCCAUUUGCUUUCGGUAGUAGUGAUGAUUUAAAUGCAAAUGCAUUCGAAGGGUUUUCAAACAAAGAUGACCUUGGGAUGUCUUUGACUGAUAACAAAAAUAAAGGCAACAGUAGAUCCAAGUCUGUGAUAGGCGACCCAUUUGCAUCACAAGUGAAAGCAGCUAUUCCAGUGCGAUCUAAAACCUCCCUUGGUGAACCUGGAGGUGUCGAUUUUGAUUUUGAUCCAUUCUCAUCGUCAAAAUUAACUGUUGCCGACCCAUUCAUGAAAAGUAAAAGUAACGAAGAUCUCCUGAAUGAAAACUUGGGUGGCUGGGGUAUGAACAAAGCAAAUAACUUAACCAAUAGUGGCAGUCCCUUCGGCAGUAGUUUUACCAGUGGACCUCAUAAAAAAGACAUUAUUCACAGUUCUCAAGGUGUGAGUGAGGAUGAGCAGUUGGCCUGGGCUGCCCAAGAGAGUCUGAGGUUGGAAGAUGCUCGCAAGCAGCAGGAGGAGCAGGAACGGGCAGAGCUGGAGUUUGCGCUGGCACUCUCUCGCUCCACUGCUCACACAUCCGGCAAGACCCAGUCAUCACGCUCACCUUCAACAGGCCUUUGAGCGAGGCGUCUGUACAUAACAUGUUGGUAAAAAAUAAAAUCCAUAGAAGUGGAAUUGUUAUGAAUGUUAAAAGUUUAGAAGUAGCCUUUUGCUGUUUUUGCAGUGUUCUUCAAUUUAGAACCAUAAAUUCUGUGGCAGCCUUGUGUGAGGAUCAGUUGAACACAGUAGAUUAUUUUUGGUGACGUAUCCAGUUAUUUUCGUAACAUAGCCCUUUUACGUAUCUGUUGUAAAGAAAUAAUAUUCCUUUUUUCAGAAAGGGAGGACAAACAAAAAAUUAUUACUAAGACAUACAAUGCUGCAGGAAGUUGUUGAUAUUGCAUACUGUAAUAUUAAGUAAAGUUUUGAGUGGCUAUAGUUUACUUUUUUUUUCUUUUACGUUAUUAGUAGUUCUUUUGGUUAGCUUUUGCUGUUGUUACAUUGCUCUUUAUAAGUGUCAUAAUGUGUGCUGUUUCAGUCAUGGUGGAGGCACGCAGAGUUUUAUUUAUUGAUUCAUUUUUUUCUGUCAACUUAAGUGUGUAGAAAUGGAAAAUUUACCAUGAUGAGUAGUGUGGCUUCAGGAAAUGAAGAGAAUGCUAGAAAGGUAUUCAAGUGUGCAUUUAUUAGGUCAGUAUGGACUUUGAAAGCCUAUCAGAUCACAAUUAUGGUAUACAUCUUGACGAUGCACUCUUCACCACCCUUUGAGCUGGUAUGCUCUUUGGAAACAUAUUUUAUUUUUCCUUCCAGCCUGUUGCAGUAGUGUCAAUUGUUAUUCUAACUUGAUUACCAAUGAAGGUUGAUUUGUGAUAUAGCCAGUCAGUUUUUAAUUAGGUGUUAUGAUUUGUGCAUGGUGAAGUAAGACAGCCCAUGGAAUUUCAAAUUUCGUUUUACAAUAUUUUUGAACCAGCAAUCAUUGCCAUGAAAUCAGUUAUUCUUUGCAAGUGUGUGUAGUUUGAGAAUCACCUGUUCCCUGGAAUAUGGUUUAAGCUUUGUGAGAAUGAAAGUGGUUCAUGAUGGAAGCUUUUGAAAGUCAAAAGUGGAGGAGGUCCUUCUGACGAGAUCUAAUAGUAAAAUGAUCUUCAUGUCUUGGUGUUAUUUGCAUUGCAAUAGUAUUAGUUUUUCCACUGUACAGUAGGUGAUUACCAUGGAAGUCCUUUUUUCAUAGUAUGUUUGAUUUUCAAUUUUGUAUCUUAAUUUUGCGUGGAGAAGCGUUGACUGCAUGCCUAUCAUUGCAUUUGCCAUGACUGCCGGAAACUGACCAUUCCUACUCACUUCCAAAGGACUUUACUCUUCUUGAGCAGAAUUGAGAAUAUAUAUAUUUUUGUAAGCAGUUUGAUAUUUGAUACCCAAUUGCAGUGGAUGUUGUUUUGUUUAGAUGGGUUCUAGGCGUUUUAGUUUGUGAUUUACAUUAAACUCAUUUGAAUUGGGUUUGUGGUACACACACACACACAUUUUGUGUUUUUAUAAUGAGUGGUGUGGCUUGGAUGAGAACAACAUUUAUUGCAGUUAGUGGAAGAUUUGCACUUAAGUAUUGGAUUUGUUUUGAAUCAGGUCCUUGCUACAAAGUAUGAGUUGCCCACAAUGUUAUCAAGGCUCUUUUGACUGAUGUUGUUUGUCUUUCAUUUAGAAAUAGAUGCCUCUUUUGUAGGUCUUUUGGAGAUCAAAGUAUGUUGAGGUCACUUCAUCAUCCAAACAGAGUUUCAUUCUUUCACUAUGUGCAAAUUGAUCAAAGUUCAGCAUUAUGGAGCUGCAACCAAGCAGUGCACUUUGCUUCCUUCUUUUAACCAGAUAUCCUUAUUUAAUUAGUUUAAGGUGUCAUUGAAUUCAUGUUUCCAACCAUUCUGUUUGUUGUGUACACAAGUAAAGGACAGCUUGUAUAUACGUCUCUUGAAAUAGUGUGUUUUUAUAAGCAUUUUUGUCUGCUCUGCUAGUAUUACAGAAUUUCAAUUUCACACUGGUCUCAGAACUUUGACUCAUAUACUAGAUGCAGUAUAAUUUUCUCCAGAUUUUAUUUUUGAUGAAUUACAGCCUCUAGAAGCUUCAAAUGUAGUUCUUCCAUAUUUGGUGUCUAGAUAUUGGUGGCAGAAAAAAAAAAAAGAAUUAGCUCAGGUAUGUCUGUAUUUGAGUUUCGACUACAAAAUCGAUCAUCAUUGUCAUUCUUGUUCCCUGGCUGGAAAGUUGCGAGUUAGUUUAUGUUGCAGAGAAGUAACAUGUAUAGAAAAAAAUCACUGCAAUGUAUACGACUUGUACUUAACAGUUGUCCCCUUGAAUCCUCAAGGCUGCCAAGUGUUUUGGUCAUAAUAUGAAUUCCAAGAGCAGUGAUUGCUCACAAGUAAAAUGAGGCAAGGGAGGCAGGAAGCAUUAUGGAUGCUGAAACUGUUGGCUAUUGUUAUUUUUGAUAUAAGGAAGGAUUUCUUAAGCUUAGCAGUUUUGCCACUUGGUUCUCUUUCAGAUGCUUGAUAUAUUGUAUUCGAUUUUUGUUGACUCAUACAUAGUCAUAUUCCCUGUUAUCAACCACAAAACAAUUCUGUUAGCAUUAAACAGGACAAAAGUCAUCAGCUUGUGACAAGACACUUUGAUCUGGUAGGAUGGUGAUAAUCGUCAGGACUGUGGAAAUGUUUGGUCUAAGUUUUGUGAAGUUUCUGUAUGUGUUGGUUUCCUUAGUUCCAGUUUUCAAAGUGGUCUAGAAUGUUUAGGGUUUUGAGGUAGCACAUUUCAUAAUGAUACUAACACCAUAAGCUUAAUUUUCAAUUUUUUGAGUGCAGGGAAAUUGGGAUUCUGAAUUACAUCAUUUAUUAAGGUGAACAUUUCUUUUAUAUCAAGUUAUUACCAUGUAAAUUGUUAAGAUUUUGUUCAACCCUCUUUUAGGUUUAGUGGAUGUGAGCUUUUCACACUGAAGGCAGUCCUUGGAAUGGCAAGUGUUAUACAUAUACCUGUAUUUGUAAAUUUGUUAAGGUUUUUGUAUUCUCUGUAUUACUGGGUAUUUCAAUAUGUUAACUAUGUAGGCACGCUCUCUGAUUGUCACAUUUCAUAGCUUUUGUUUUGUCUUUUCUUUUUGCAAAUUCUAUAGUUUUUCCAGCACUUUUUCAAGCUUGCUCCUCAGCAACUAGAUUGUGACUGUAUGAAUUUUGAGCAUUUCAAAAUAUAAUUGUCUGUGUCUUCCACUAAGCAAUACAGUUCGUUUACAUCUACUUCACAUUUCCUCUCCCCCCCCCCCCCCCCCCCCCCCCAUUGUCCUUUGGCAUAGGUUACACUACCUCGUGGUUUUUGAGCCACUAUAUAAUUUUAUGAGACCUAACUGGUCAAUAUAAGCAUUUGGUGUGUAUUGUGUUAAGGUUUUGAUUAGUAAAGUGAUAGAUUGUUAUGUCAAACUAUUUUCAUCGUUUCUUCUUAAAAGGAGGUUAUCAAGAUAUUAUGGGAGCUUUUCUUUGAGUAUCUUGUUGUAAAGUGAUAAAAAACUAACAUUGAUUCUGGUGUGUAUUUUAUUUCAUUAUCACUUUUUUGGGGGGAGUGGGUUUUUAAGUUAGUAAAUGCUUUUUGGUAGGUAUUUUAUUGUUGAUUUGCAGUAGGGAGUACAUGCAGUCAAUCAAAUAUGCUUAGUAGUUAAUUUUUUUUUUUUCUAAGAUUGUACUAUGUAUGUUGGUUUGCAGCUCCAGUUCGAAGAGAUUGAUUCAAAUCAAUUGGUUUUUUGUUAGGAUUCAACUUGCUGUUUGCAAGUCGAUCGGAGUGAUGCAGUGAUGUGGCUUUUUUUUUUUUUUUUAUUAAGCCACAUAUCACAACUUUUCAUUUAUGAAGUUUCCUUUCAUUUUUGGAUACCACCUUCAAUCAUUGUAAAAGUACAUAUACGCAUCUGUUUACUUGUGGACAGGACAUGAAUUUUUAUGCCCACACUGGAGGCUUUUGAAAAAAGCUGACCCCUCAUCUUGGAUGGCACAGGGCCUGUCGGUGUUUUUCUCUCUAUAUAUUGUUUACUCAGUCCAGUAUGAUUGUACCUGUGUAACUCAAUACUGCAUUUACUUACCCUCACAUAUUUUUAUAUUGCUGUAUGUCUUGACUGAUUUAGUUAUUGACGAAAGGUAUGCUGGGUUCCCCAUUAUUUUGGUAAAGUCCAUGUCCAAGGAGGAGAAUAUCUCAAAACAAGAAGCAACACCCGUCCUAGUCAUUGCUUAAAAGAUUGGUGCAAGGAAUUAUUAACCUGAGGAGAAUCAGGUGUGGGGGGAGUUAAAAAAUAAUCCUGAAUGCUGAACUCGCAAAAGCAAAGACUUCACACACAAUGUCGAAGGAAGUUGGGGGGCAUCAUUUACUACCUGGUCAUUGUAGGGUUGUUAUAGAUGGUUUAAUGAUGAAAAAAAAAGAACAAAAAUAUAUUUAACCCCAAAUUUGUUUUCAGUAAGGGUCUUACUAUAGCUUAUGAGAGAAAUUUCUAUUGUUAAUUGAGGAAAAUUUAUUUGAUAAGUCUGCAUGUUAUAGUAAAUCACCAAUGAUAUGUAGUUCACAUUUUAUCAUUAUGUUACAAAGGAUUCAAAUAAUUAAACAAUGUUGAUUGUAGAUGUAUGUAAUAAAUUGUACAAUGCCUUAAAGGUUCGAGGAAGUUGUAUCGUAGUCUAAGAUUGUGAUGUAUAAAGUUUGGAGUGUCCAGCAGUAACUGGAAUCUCUCUCCCAUAUCCCUGUAUAUGUCUGUGAAAUAAAUUUGUGUAUGGAGAUAUAGAAUAUUGUUAAGCUAGUGUAAAAAGCCAUAGAAAUGUAUCGUAUACCAGUGAAACAUUAUCCUUCUCUUCUCUUCUCUCGCUGUUUCUGUCACCUUCUCUUUCUUUGGGUGGCAUCGUUGACUCGGGACCCCUCGGGCCCUUGAUCCAGUCGCUGUUUUUGCCAUGGGAUAGCGCUGGACCCAACAGCCAAGCGGUUUCCAUAUUACAUAUAUAAUAUAUUAUAUAUAUAUAUAUGAAGAAGUAUAUAUACACUUAUAACAGCAGCAUGGACUUUCACCAGCCAUUGUUAUCCCUCCUCGUAUGUGGUGAGGUGCAAGGAGAGAAAGUGUGUAAUCAGUUGUUAGGCCAAAGAAAUACUGUUGUAUACACGUUAAAAGGCAAAGCAUUUGUGCAUGAGUGGAAUUACUGUAAUUAAGAGUGAAUGGUUCAUAAUUUUCCUCUUUUCGUGUUCAUAUUUUGCUUUUGAGAUUUUUUUUUAUUGGUUUUUGUUCCCAAAUAUUUGUACGUUAGAACAUGAGCAUCACUCUGCCGCAUCCUCACACUUGGCUUCAUGAUUAGAUGGUGUGUGUGUGUCGCUGUGUAAAAGUCAGGAGGUUGGUAAUUGAUGGAUUACAGAAGUGAAGCCAGUUACAAGCAUUGGUUCUUCAUUACCUGUCAUAAUUAUGUUUUUUCAGUGGGGAAGUAUAAUGUUUGUGAACAUAAAAUAAUGUAGUUCUCUGACCUUUGGAAGUUUUAUGUGAUUCAAAACAAGAAGCCAGCAAUGUAAACUGUAGUGGAUUUUUGGCUCCUGGGAGAAGUUAGAAAUGGUAGGAGGUUCUUUCAUACACCUGUAUUUGCUUGAUAUGUUCAAGCAAUGAUCUUUUUUUUUUGUACAUUUCAGUCCCACUGUGCAUAAUAUUGUACAAAUUAGGUAUUAGUCACUAUUUAAUUUAGACUGUAUGUUAUUUCCGAUUAGAGUUGUCUUUUGAUGAGAUGAACAUCACCUAGUUUCCUUUGGCAUCUUUUGUAAAGGCCCUGUUUGCUGCUUCCUGUGUUGAAGUAUUAAAGCACAAGAAAUUGUGUUUAACAUUUUUACUUGGGAAAUCAUAUUAUUAGGAAACAUUCACAUAGGCAUUUGGUGCACACGUGUUCACGCUUACAUUUCAUUUGUCAGGUCAAUAUUACUAGUAGACAUAAAACUAUUUCAUUUGCCAGAUUGAUAUUAAUAGUAGACAUAAAAGUUGUUAAUGCUUAAGGUUCAAGUAGAAUGACAGUUCUCACUUAUUGAAAAGUUCAGGUACUUAAGGUAAUAAGGUACAUAAAAAUGAGGAAGGGUCUUGGGGCCACGAAUUCGUAUAAAAUUUUUGUGUUGUAGUUCAGCUUUGUGGGGUUUCGUUUUUAAUUGAGGGAGAAUAUGAGCAUUAUAGUAGAGCUAACUGAAAUCAGAACAUUCUUAUAUAAUAAUAAUAACCAUUAUUGUACAGUAAUAAUUGCAUCUUUCCUUGUUAAAAAAAAGUAUAUAGGUAAUGAAGUGAAUGUGUGAACAAUUUGGACACUUCUGUAGAAAGAAGCUAGAGGGCAGAAUGUAUUCAUUUUUUUUUUUUCUUUUUCUUAUUUCCUCUCAAUUGCUGUUACCACUAGUAAAAUGCACUAGAAGACCUUAUGUAUAAACUGAGGUUUUUCAGAACCAUGCAGUUUGUAUAUACCAUUGACACUACAAUUAUACCAUUUACACUACAAUUACUUGAUAAUACUGUAAGCAAACAGUGGGUUCAGUGACUGGUUAUAGCAAGGCUGCAUAUGUAAAAGUUGUGCGUUUUGUAAAGUUAUAUAAUUUUUGUAGUUUGUGGAAGCUCCAGGAUCGAGUAAAAGCCUUACUUGACUACCAUAACGUAGAUAAACAGUAUUACCUUAUCAGUAUGGAACAGUUGACAGUGGUGGCACAGAAGGCAAGUCUUGUGUAUAUAAAUAUACAUAUAUUUUUCACAACUAAGGGUUGGAGUAUAAAUAUCUAUGUAAAAAGAGGUGACAUAUAUAGUUUUUUUAAAAUGGAAAAAUCUAUUAUUGUAAAUGUUUUUGAAAAUUUUUUUUUUUCCCGAAGUUUUAUUUUUGGAAUGAGUGACUCUUUCAAGUCCAGCUGCGACUGGCACUGCUGCUGAUGAAGUGUAAAAAAAAUAUGCUGAUGAAACUGAUGCAAGUAUGCUGUAUAUACAGUAUAUAUAUAGUAUUAGUAAAUGUGCGCCUAUUUCCCAUGCUUUUUACUAUGCUUCCACAGGUUAAAAAGAUGACUAACCCAUCUUGCAUGUAUAAAAAAACCAGUACUAAUGGGAAACACUACAACUUUUUUCCUAGAUUUCCUAACUGUGACGGGGUUUUUAGAUUUUUAGAAAGUGUUGGCAGGAAUGGGAUUCUGAAUUGACGAUAAAAGCCGAACCUUAUUUCUGUCUUGAUUUUGUCCUAAUUGUUCUUCACCAAUUUGGUCAGCCUUUAUUCGUUUUCAGAUGACUUUUCCGGCCAGCUCAGACACAGCCAUCUUUUGUGCACCAAGUUAUCGAGAUUUUGAGAUAUAUUAAAUAAAGGGAGAGUCCAUUGCUUAGGGUUAAGAAAAUAUUAAGAAAAAGUGAAGGUGAAUAUAUUACGUGAGAUACUUCUACGUUAAGAUUGACGAGUAACUUCUUGUUCUCUCACACAGCUUUUUUUGCUUUCUGACUAUUUGUCAGUACUUGAGUUUGAGAAGUGUAAUUUUAAGUAGAAUACUUGUCAAAACUCACUUUUGCAAUACCUUCCAUCCUGAAAAGACAGGCUUAUUAUUAUUAACUCUUAGAAAAUGCUGGUCAAGUGCCAUAAGUAAAUUAUAAACCGUUAUCUUCUAGUGCAGCCUACAGUAUCCAUUUGUAUAUACAUACAUAUAUAUAUAUUAUAGAUACAUACAUAUAUAUAUAUUAUAGAUGAAAUAUGAAAUCUAAUAAUGCCAUUUAAUCAUUCAAAAGUUUUGAUCUUGAGAAUUUUAUCAAGUGAUAUGCAUGGAAAAGCACAGAAUAGCGAGGUUCUGAAGGUAUGCUAAACCACACGUCACCGUCAUGCUUUAGAAGUUUUCUCGCUAAAAUACUAUAUAAAUGCAUCUCAAGGGGGGGCAGGGGCCAUUUAGGAAAGUAUGAAAGUUGUGUACUCAUGAAAGGAAUAGUGUCUAGUUUGUGAUUCUUUCAUUUAGUCAUGUUACUAUUUGCUCAUUUGUGGAGAAACCUAAGAAAUUUAUUAUUCCUAAGUAUGUAUAGAUCAUCUCCACUGUUAUAUGGGUUGCUGAUAUAUUUUUGUGAUAUUUGUUAUUUCCUCCACUUUUAUGUAGAUAUAUAUUUUUUGAAUCUCAAAACAGAAAGAAUUUACAGUGUCUUGAUAAGCAGAGAAUCUAGUGCACACCUUUUUCUGUCGUCUUUGCACAGACAAUGAUGUUCGUAUAGAGUUAGUGCUGCAGUAAUUGGACAUUUCACAUUUAUCAGUUCCAAAAAGGCAUAAAAAGAAAAAAAAAAAAGUGUAUGAACAAAAAAUGGCAAUGGAACAAUACCUGUUACUUUGGAUGGGUAAUAAUGAUAUGAGUGACUAUGUAUCUGAAUUCUUGACCUAAUCUUUCAGAUGACUAGUUGCUAUUGAUAUAAAUAAAAUCCAAAAAAAUUUAUUCCAAAAUAUGCUGGAGUAGAAGUUGACUAAUAAUUUACGGAAUAGGCUUACUGAAUUGUACAAGUAUAUUCAUACAAUUGACAUUAGGUAAUGCAGUUUUAAAAGAGACUAUGAUUCUCCAAGUCAUUUCUGAAGGACGAGCAUCAAGAGUUUAGUUACACAGCUGUAAUUUACAUUGUAAUAUUGAUGUUGCUACUGUUUGUAUGGCCAUACAACAUAGCAGAGAGUGAAGGUACCCUUGUAUCCUAUACAUUAAAAAAAAAAAGGUAGGACGUUGACCCCUAGAUACACCUCUUGCCUGACCUGAACCGAGGUAGUUGAAAGGUGUUCACUUUUGGAAUAGACAGAUUAUAAUACAUUAUAAUAUGACAGUGGUUUUAAAAUCUCGUAGUGCCUGCCUGCCUGCGUCCUUCUGGGACGAGCUAACGGUACUGUAGCACUGUAGCUUGUGACUUCCCUUGCCUGAGCUGUGCCACCACAUUCCUGUUCAAGUCUGUUUUUAGCUGGCUUUGUUCUCUUGCCACUUGAACGUAAGUGUACAUAUUAUACCAAUAAUGUCUGAUUAUGCUCAGCCUUCUUUUUUAUGAUUAUAUUAUGUCAUGGAGUGGUAUAAUAAAUUGGUUUCAUAAAUGAAUAGGUGUAUGAUACAUAUGUUAAGUGUAGAAUUUUUCUUAUAGAAAAAUCAAUGCCAAGCAUUGUACUGUAUAGUUUGUUUAUUUAUUAAGGUUUUGUUCAUUGAAAAAGUGUAUAUCAUCUCAAUGGACUGCGCCUUUCUGAGAGUUGUGCGCAUGGUAGUAUGGCAUCGAUGCUUGGCAUUGGAACUUUUCAGCUGUGUUCGUCUCUGGUGGCAAACGAACAAACCUACAUUGCCUUUGGCUGUUCUUUGUAUCUUUAUAUCUCUGUCCAUUUGCUGGCUAUCAGGAGUCACUGGUAGGCGAGCAAUUAUAUAUGGAGGUGUAGGGACAAACUUAAGCCCCUUUUCCAGGAUGUCAUGAUUUUUGGCUGUUAGGUUUUGCUCAUUUAGUUGGAAAACUUGUAAGAUAUUUAGUUAAUUUUUUAUUAUUAUUAAUGAUUGAAUUAACUUGUACCUCAAAGCAAGAUGCCGUGUAGCCAUAAAUAUUUGGUCUAUAUCGAUCAGUAAGCAUAAGAUGCUUGUAACCUCCCACCGUGCGAGGUUAAUUGAUACGUCGUUCCCUCGACACUACCACCACACUUGAGAGAGAGAGAGGGAGAGCUCCUCUUCGGUUGCCCCCCUUCUAUUAAAACAAAAAAAAGUCGUGUUGUUCAGUUGUUCAGUGUCACAGUCAUGUUAUCUCAAUGUAAAUAAAAAGCUUAAUAAACAAACAUGUUCACGAA